GUCAGCCACAAUCCAGGAAAUAUCUUGGCUGUCCCGCGCUUGGCUGCAGCUGCAGGUCCGUAGUGGUCGGUGAAUGCAUGGUUUCCACCGAUACAGCCCGACCUGUAGCCUCAAAACGGGCACCACUGGCUGUGGAAAAGGCUUUUUAGGCUGUAUGUUUCAGAGCUGAUUUUUCUGAAGAAGCACAACCAUGGGCGUGGAAGUCGAGACAAUAUCCUCCGGUGAUGGAAGAACAUUUCCAAAGAAGAACCAGACAUGUGUUGUUCAUUACAUAGGUAUGCUGCAGAAUGGGAAGAAGUUUGACUCCUCCCGAGACAGGAACAAGCCAUUUAAAUUCAAGAUUGGACGGAACGAGGUCAUUAAGGGCUGGGAGGAAGGAGUAGCACAGAUGAGCCUGGGCCAGAGGGCAAAAAUCACCUGCACACCAGACAUGGCUUACGGAGCGACAGGCCACCCUGGAGUCAUCCCCCCGAACGCCACACUUAUAUUCGAUGUGGAACUGCUCAAGCUGGAGUGAUGCCCGAGGUCAAGUACGAAGGUUAAAGCUUAACGAGGCUGCGUUCGCCACAACCUGUUUCCACAGGGAGACCAUAUUGGGCUGCUGCCUCCCAUCAUCCACCCACUCUUCUUUGGUAUCUACAGUCUUCUUUAGUUCAGUAUUUAAACGUAUCUACUGCUGCUUUGUUGCCAUCUUGUCAUUAUAGAUACUGCAAGACUUUUUCACCCACACACUGAGGUUUGGUUUCUGUUAGUCAGAGAUGCUAUUUUAUUAAUUUCAUUUUAAAGUUGUAAAUUUUGUUGAACCAUGAGGAAAUCAGUCAUCUGAUGAGAAGCCGUACUACAUUGCAAUCAAAACAUAUACUGCCUUACAGUUUCAACAACAGAGGACGUCUGCUCUGUGUCUUAACUGGGCAUUAUAUACCACUGUCUGCAUUGCCACUUUGAUAAAGGUUUGUCCUGCUGAAUGCUCUGAAUGAUGUUGCUAUGUGUAGUAUGUUUUAUAUCCCUCAUAAACAUUUACUGCAAGUGUACCCUAUCCAACUGAACCCAAGUCAAUACUGUACAGAACUCUUUGAGAGCCAUUGCUACUACGACAGUGUAUCGACCAACUCUUGAAUAAAAAUGGCAUGUACUGUGUUGAGA